AUGUCUUCAGUUUAUGACGAAAAACCUCCACCGCCACCACUCAGAUUACGCUUAUUGUACAGCAGUAGUGCUUCAUCGGGCGCUCGAGAACAGUCAUUUCUAGACUUAAAGCCUUUACCCAAAGAGCCUGCGGAGAAUCCGCAAUACGAAUCAGUUCCUUCCGGUAGAAAAAAAGGGAAAAAAAGUAAAACGUUUGGAGGAAAAAAAAGCAAAGAGAAAGAUCGUUACAAUGACAAACCGGUGAUAUCUCUCCCGAGUAACUUCGAACACACAGUACAUGUUGGCUACGAUCCAGCCACAGGGGAAUUCACGGGUAUGCCCCCGUCGUGGGCUAAGUUACUUCAAUCUUCUCAAAUCAGCAAACAAGAACAACAGAAGAACCCGCAAGCUGUUUUAGACGCUUUGAAAUAUUAUACACAGAAUGAUCAGGAACCGCACCAAAAGUGGUUACAACCAGCACCUCUCGAAGGGUCGUCUUCACGAGGCUUACAUUAUGUCGGGAAUGCCCCCACGUCUUCCAGUUUGUCUUAUACCUCUUCGGCGGUAACUAAUCAUACCAAUCAUCAUUAUCAAAACCAUAUCCCUCCGCAUGUUCAGCAAUCCCAAGAGCCUUAUCAGAAAUCCUCCUCCGCAAAACAGUUUCCUUCCCAAAGUAAUCAACUCUCGUCAUUAAGUGUCGUUAUUUUGAAGCUGAAUAAGUUUACAGGUAUUCCGUCUGCGUACCACGGCAGUAUACCGAAGCCACCACCUCUUAUUCCUGGCCUUCUUGGUUCAUCGCAGAGGUCAUCUGGUAGUGUAAGCACGUCUUCUCAUUCUUCAGCGACCGCUGACCAACUUUCAACUUUACCAUCGGUCAAACCUUAUGCUGAUGAUGCUUGCGCUCCACCAAUUCCUGAUCGCCCAGCUCGAACUUUGUCUAUAUACACGAAACCAAAGGAGGAGGAAGAACGAUCUGAUGCUUUAAGUGGCAGUAUGGCGAAUACUAGCGCAAUGGCAAAAAGUAAUAGAGCGGGUCGUAAAAAGAAAAUUUCUGACAGUGAAGUGUAUGCAAAACUAAGAUCAAUUGUUACCAUCGGGAAUCCGGACAGAAAGUACCAGAAAGUUGAGAAAAUUGGAUCUGGCGCUUCUGGAUCGGUUUACACGGCUAUUGAAAUAAGCACUGGCGCAGAAGUAGCUAUUAAACAGAUGAAUCUUACUCAGCAGCCGAAAAAAGAAUUGAUCAUCAAUGAAAUUCUUGUUAUGCGUGAAAAUAAACAUGCCAAUAUUGUUAAUUACCUUGACUCAUAUCUUGUCGGUGAUGAGUUAUGGGUUGUAAUGGAGUACCUUGCUGGAGGGUCAUUAACAGAUGUUGUUACCGAAUGUCAGAUGGAGGAAGGUAUGAUCGCCGCUGUUCUUCGUGAGGUACUGCAAGCUUUGGAAUUUCUUCAUAAGCGUCAUGUCAUUCACAGAGACAUUAAAUCAGACAACAUUUUGCUUGGUCUUGACGGUUCUGUUAAACUAACUGACUUUGGAUUUUGUGCUCAAAUAAGUCCUGAACAAAGCAAACGAACAACCAUGGUUGGAACUCCAUAUUGGAUGGCUCCAGAAGUAGUGACACGUAAGCAGUAUGGUCCCAAAGUGGAUGUGUGGUCUCUAGGUAUUAUGGCAAUUGAAAUGGUUGAAGGGGAACCUCCCUAUCUCAAUGAAAAUCCUCUACGUGCAAUUUAUCUAAUUGCUACUAACGGAAAGCCAGAUUUCCCAUCUCGUGAAACAUUAUCGACGGCGUUUAGAGAUUUCAUCGAUCGCGCCUUGGAGGUUUCAGUUGACCAUCGUUGGACUGCCAGUCAGUUACUAACCCAUCAGUUUUUGAAAUGCGCAAAGCCACUUGCUAGCCUGUUUCAUUUGAUACAGGCUGCGAAAAAAAGUAUUGCUGCGUCUUCUUGA